AUGGCGACAAAGCGACCGACGCUGCAUCUGCACUACUCGGAGGAGGCGACGAAGGCCGGCUUCGACCGGGCGAUCGCCAAGAUGCAGGCCGCGCUGGACUUGGACCCGGCCACGCACUGCAACGCGGCGCUGCUGCACAAGGCGCUGCGCUACCGACGCAAGUCGCACGUCGGCGCGGCCACGACCAACGAGCUCUACGACCGCUGGGGCGUCAAGUGGCACAAGCGUAUUUAA